GCUCCAGCAGUGUUGCCUGUUUUAAUAUGAGUAGCAAGAACCAGCUGGAAAAACUCUCCUGAUCAUUGUUCUUCUACAGAGCUGCAAAAACAUUCAAAAUUCAGUGCUGUUUUUAAGCGGUCAGGCUACGAGCUUCUCAAAAACGCUAUUUUCCAACAAAACAUCUUAGAGCAAACUACAGCUCGUCUCCUGGCAGGCCCCGCAGAGGUGCGUGCUGCUCCCAGAGCCCUUUUCAGCCGGCUGCGUGGCCGGAGCGAUCUGAGCUUUUCACCUUGACCGCCCGAAUGGCCGCAGGGCUGGCGGGCGAUGUGCCAGCCCCGCAGCCGCUCUGCAGCUGCUCCACGCGGCACAGCCUGGCAUCUCCCAGGAUUUGGGGCACAAGCGGCUCCUGCAGCACAAUCCUGUCCAGACUCGGCCCGCUUUGCCCGCACCCCCCCGGGCUGUCGCUGCGCGGGGCCGGGUGACACGGGGGCUGCUGUGCCAGCCGGGCUUCUGCUGACGCCGGCACUUCCCGGGGCUGCCGUGCCAAGCCUUUUCCUGCCAGCCCGCCAGCUGCUCGCUCGUGUCUCUCCUUCCCUCUGCCAUGGCAAGGAGCCGAGCUGCGGGAGGCUCCGUGCUGGCCGCACCCCAGCACCUCAGCCCUGAGAAACGGGGUGCGUGUGGGGUCCCUCGCAGUCAGCCCUUGGGGCUCCGGGCACUUGUGCGCUGCUGCUCCCUAAACCCUUUUUGCCGGCAGCAGUCUUCCUGCUUUUUCCCGGGAAGGCUUUACUGAGCAGAUGAGAGGAGCUGGGGGCACCUGGAGCAGAGCAAGAGCAGCUGGUGCUCCCUUGACUCCCCGGGAGUUCAGAAAGUGCUGUGCCUGCCCGGCAGAGAUCAAGCAGCUUCCCAACCACAUCCUGAAGGAAGCUGGCACUGGGACGCUCCUGGGAGGGCAGGGAGUGCUCCUCAAACCCCUGCAGAUGGAACAGAUGUUGCCUCCUUUCCCCUGCAUAAAACAAUUUGGGGCUUAAGGUACCCCACAGUUACCACUUUUUUUGGGGGUACCCUCAGCCUCAGGUUAGCCUGGCCAGGCCUCAAAUGCUGCUGAGGGUCGUUCCCAGGCACCGCCGUGUCCCCAAACAUCGGGAGAAGCUCCCGGCUGGGCCCCGCUCCCCGCGUCCCACAGUCCGGCGUGUCCCGGCCCCUCCCCGCCGUGACACCGCCGUGACAUUGCCGUGACACCGCCGUGACACCGCCGUGACACCGCCGCCGUUCCCGGCGCGGUGCCGUGGAAUGCCAGGGAAUGGUUCCACCGUUGCCAAGGGCAGAACCCGAGCGCUCAGACUGCCCUGCUCGGUGCGCGAGUGACUCCCACCCGGCCGCCGAGCAGCUCCACGAUGCUGAAGCGUGUGGCAGACACAUCGUGGCUCCUCUGGCUGCUGAGUGUGCUGACCUUGCCGACGGCCGCCGUCGCUCCGCCGGCGCCGCCCACCCCGGGCAGCCCGCUGUCGGACCGGGAGUACCGGGAGUUCUUUGUGAAGCUGCACCCGCCCUGGCAGGCCAACAUGUUCUGCCUGCUGCGCCAGGCGUACGGCUGCCUGAGCCCCACCAUCCUGCACCUGGACCGGGAGGAGAACCGCGGAAAAAUCCCCGAAGGGCCAGUCUGCAGUGAAUUUCCAGAGAUGGAGCAGUUCCAGACCUUCUGCCAGUUCGCCCAGUAUCGCUGCCUCAAACAGCAGUUCUUCGUCAAGCGAGUCCCAUGUUUGGGUGGCUCUUCCCCUUCCCCGAUGGAGCCAUCCAGCACCGGCAACUCCUCGGCCAAGGGCAGAGGCUCCCCUGUCACACAAGGUCAGAAGCCGCCGCCGAAGUACCCCACAGCCACGCCAAAGGCACCCACACCUUGGCAGAAGAGCAGCACUACGCACACAGCAGCCCUCAGGGCUCCCACCUCACCUUCCAGGACGGAAUCCCCUGAGGAACAAAGCCUAAGGAAAAGCAUCUGGCACCUGAUCCAUUCGGCCCUUUCCAUGGAUGCCUCCUUGGACAGCAAGAACUCCUCUUGGAACUCCACCAGCUCGGGCCCAGGACACGCAUCAGAGCAGGAAAUUCCCCCCCGAGGCAGCCUUCUAGCCCUGCAGAACGAUGAGGCAGUGCUGGUCCUGUGCUACGCAGUGCUGGAGGGGAAUUGCCUCUCAUCGAUGCUCACCAAGGCCUGGAAGGAGAUGGAAAAAAGAGUCUUUGGGUUUGGAGACUCGGUGUGUGACAGCUUUGGGCGGCACCACAAGGAUCUGUGCCCCGACUGUGCUUUCUGCUCGCUGAAGAGGGAGCAGUGCCAGAACAUCGAGACCCUGAACCGCGUUCGCUGUGACUUGGGCAGCUUCUCCACCUACAUCAACCCCCAGAUCUCAGCCCAGCACAACAAAAUAGAGGGCAAGUCCAGGUCCCCACACACCCUGGAGCACUACAACUUGGACUUUUUGAGAGGGAUGAGAAUGGAGUACUGGUGCAGCCGGAUGGCCAUCUAUGGCUGUAAGGACCCUGCUGUGACCCUCUGGCUGAAGGCAGAGUACGACGCUUUCCAGGGCAAUGAUGCCUCGGGAAAGAUCUGCGACUCGAGCGGCGUUCAGCAUCCCAACUAUUGCAUGUUCAAGAGCUACCAGUGCCUCCUGAAGAGCAUCUACAACCAGAGGGUGAGUCGUGUGCAGUGCAAGCGUGACAAGGCCUACCGGGUGCUGAGUGCAAAGGAGGGAGACAAGGAGGUGAAGCUGUGGCAAGAGAAGUUCCAGAGCCUCUCCAGGCAGCAAUCAAAAAAUGAUUAAAGUUCAUAAAGACCUUCAA